CGCCGCGUGUUUUGGCCGUGGAGGACAUCGAGCAUGGGACACCUUGGUGCUUUAUUAGUUGUGUAUCUUUUCGUGCUUUCAUGGGAUCGUAUCCUAGGUGCCCUGGACCCCCCUGUCUGUCAGGCCGGGAGACAGUUCAGGUGUGACAAUGGUUUGUGCGUCUCUAGACUCAGUGUGUGUGAUGGUCAGAUACAGUGUAAAGAUGGAUCAGAUGAACGAGAAUGUGGUGGUCUUGUUUGUAGGAGCAGUGAAUUUUUCUGUGACAUUGGACAUUGUAUAUCAGUGAUGCUCCUCUGUGAUGGGGAGGACCACUGUAGUGAUGGGAGUGAUGAGAGGCUUUGUCAGAACUGCACCUCUGGGGUUUCGUGUGGUCCCUCGGGUCCGUGUCUGUCCAAACAUCAGCUCUGUGACGGACAGACUGACUGUGGUGAUGGGCGUGACGAGGAUAAGAGUGUGUGCGGUGCUCUGAACACUGCGUGUGCCGCUUCGGAGUUUAAGUGUGGAGACGGGAAGUGUAUUCAACAUUCAUACAAAUGUGACAACACAGUUGACUGCAGCGAUGGCAGCGAUGAGGAGAACUGUGAUGUCAACGAGUGUCUGUUCAAUAAUGGGGGCUGCCCACAUGUGUGUGUGGAUGAGCCAAAAGGCUUCCACUGUGAAUGUCCCAACAACACAAGGCAGGUGGGGGACAGCCACUGUGAAGAAAUGAACCCCUGCCUUGAGGCUGAUGUAUGUGACCAGUUGUGUUUGUACACAAAUGACCAUCUCACCUGCAGGUGCCAAGAGGACUAUGUGAAGGGGUCUGCUGCAGGUGACUGUAAAGCUACAGGCUCUUUAGCUCACCUGUUGUUCACUGACCUUGGCGGAGUCAGUAUAUCCAACAUCACUGGGUCUGUGUAUGAGCAGCUCAAGUCAGCAUGUGGAAGUCGGCACGUGACAGUUUUGUCUUCUAAUAACACAUUAUACUGGGCACAGCCAGAAACUUCAUCCAUAUACAGGUUGUCAUUUGGUGGAAAGCAGCAUAAUGCCCAGCGGGUUUUCAAAGCCCCCAGUUCAGUGUCUGGCCUGGCCGUGGAUUGGGUCCACAGUUUAUUGUACUGGUCCAGUGCAGAGACUGGCUCUGUUCACGUCGGUCUGCUGGAUGGUUCAGUGCAGCGCCCUCUACUGACUGGACUAGACAAACCCUGUGCUGUGGUGGUUCACCCUACUCAAGGGGUGAUCUUCUGGGCAGAGUGUGGAAACAAUCCUAAAAUUGAGAAGUCUAGUUUGGAUGGCCAGUACCAAAAGACUUUAGUUAAUACUUUAAUACAUAAUCCUGUUGCACUUUCUCUUGAUCUCCCCCGACAACUGCUGUACUGGGUUGAUCAGGGACUGAGGCGAAUCUCCAGAGUAAAUUUAGAGGGUCAUUAUCGGAAAACAGUGGUAGAGUCGAAUGGCUUCCUGGAUCAGCCUUUUGGACUUGCCCUGUUUGAGGGUUUUGUAUAUUGGAGCGAUGAAGUGAGUCAUUCGAUCUGUAGGGCAAACAAGCAUGAUGGCAGUCAGUUUGAAGUAAUCCUGAAAAACAUUACAUCACCAGGCAGCGUGCUCAUUUCCCAUCCUGCUCUCCAGCCUAACAGGUCAGCUGCCUGUGGUCGUGAUCAGUGUCAGUACUUGUGUGGAGUGCAGAGUGUUAUACCUCAGACUCUGAAUAUGAACUGCACUGAAAACAGAUACAACAGAUCAGAGGGAUUUCCGGUCAUUUCCAGAACAGUUCCUGCUUCAGUUUUAUCUGAUUCUACGUUUGCAGGACUCCUCUCUCUCACAAUUUUUCUUAUUCUUCUUCUCUUGGGGAUGUUUGUAUGGUGUUGCAGAGAAGAAGUACGGCCACACAGGGGUUUUGAGCACAGUUUAUCACUAAAGGAAUCCAGGAAUCCUCUCAUCUUAGACGCAAACAUGGAGCCCACCCUAUGCCCCACUAAAGAAACUCUAUGUAAGCUGGACUUAGAUUGUGAAUGAAGCAGUGGCACAGAUGGACAGCUGACCUGACCCACUGCUUCUCCACCCACACUAUUGGUUAGUAGGGAUGUCAAGAUUAUGUAUUUAAUUUAUAGCCGUUAUAAUAUGCUCUAUUCAUGCUUACCAGAAGGUGUUGGGAAAUAUGUGGAUGAUGACUUCUGGUGUAGUUACCGACACUGGGCAUGUGAUAAAUGCCCAGUGUCAGUAACUACCUCCCCCCCAUUAUGCAUUAUGUUACUUUUCUGGUGGAGGGUCUGUCAAAUGCUUUUCUCCAUGGAGAUGUUAUGCUUUUGUUUGGAAUGUUUCAGAGUAUGGCAUUAAUCCGUUCAAUCUUCAUGGAAACCAAACCAGACCAAUUUACAGGUCAGAUCUUUGGAUGGGUAACUUUGCCCACAAUGCCUGUUUUCUAUGUAUUUUUCAGCAAUAAAAUCACUUGUAGUUGAAUAAAUGUAAGAUAGAACUCAUUUAAUGUCAUAUUGUGGAACAUUACAGGCAGAGCAAUGACAUAUCCAUAGAAACAAGCCAAGCAGGUGUUAGACCCCCAACCAAAAAGUCACACAGUGCACCUUUAAGUGUCAUUUUAUGUACAAAAAUUCCCGCUCAAUUAGAUAAUUUUACGUUAUGUGAAAUUUACUCAAAUCAAAAUGAACAUUUUCUUAAUUCAAGCGAUUUUAAUCUGGAAAGAUUUAACUUUUUGCUGUGUAAAAACAAAAAAAAUAAGACAGCACUUUAAAAUAACUACUAGGGUUGUCAAAAUAUCUAAAAUCAAUAGUCAGUAAUCAUCAUAUAAUCAAUACUGAAACUAGUAUUGAAACUAGAUAAUAAUCUGAGCAAGUAUUGAACUGGAUAAAAGUGGACAUUUUGAACACUUUAUCUUAAGUUCUGUCAGAACUAGAAGUCCACAUGGUAUAAUAAACAUACUAUUAUUUAGUAUUUAAAAUGACAAUAUUGCUUUAAAAAAAUAGUAUCAAGUAUAGAGUCUAUUCUUUAGUACUGAUUAAGACUUUGAAAUAAACAAUUAGUUAAUUUUGAAUCAGAUCUUUAUUCAUACUUUAUUUAGGGUAAUUAAGGUGUAGUUAUUAUAAAGUGGUACAAAACAAUAUACAAAAAAAAGAAUCCAAAAAUCUUUAUUUCAGAGCACUUUCAAAAACAUGGUUUACAAAGUGCACAGCCAUUGAAUAGCAUUGAAUAAUGUCAGAGUGACAAAGAGACAGUACAAACAAAGCUGUCACAGAACAAAAUACCACAAUUAUAACUGUUACAAAAUAAAUAAUCUAUGUUCCAAAGAAGUAAGCCGGCAUUUAAAGUACCUUUUUAUUGCUGCUUAUGUAGCAAUAACUUUAUCAUCCUCAAAGUUUGAUUUCAUAGCGCUCGUGGCAUAGUAAGAGAAUGCUAUAAACUAUUACUACUAUUAAACAAUGUGAAUGAAAGGAAACAUUUAAUAAAUUUGGAUGGUUCUUCAAUUAUUAACACAAAAUAAGAUGCUGUUGGUGGGUAUGGGCAGUUGUACACGCUUUCAAACAUCGGAGCUUGUUUGAUGUAUGAUUUUUUAUUUAACUAUUUUAUUAUUAUGUAUUUUAUUUUACAGUAGAAGAAAUAGCAAUUAGUGGAAGUAUUAAUUAGCUGUGAUAAUUGUCUUGGCUGAUUUGGCAGUGCCUUAGGUAAAAUUUUGAAGGCUGGAAAAAAGUAAAUCUGUACAGGAUGCAAUGCUAUCUGAAUGGGGUUCAGUAUUGUUGUUCCUAUAUUGAAUUACAUGAAAUAAUGUAAACUGUUGCUAUAAUGGAGUUAUAAUGCACAAAUUUAUAGUGUUAUUGGAAGGAAAACAGGAAAUGCUGAUUUUUGUUUUGGGUCAUGCUGUAAUUACAAAUAUAAAAAGUGCUACUGAUUAUUUAACAUGUAAAAUAGUUUUGUUCUUUCAAGCUUGGUGAUACAAUGCAUCGAAUACUGUAUGCAAUGCUACAGAGUGAAUGUUAGUUUUGAACUUGCUUGGGUGAUGUCUUUUUUUUAUUUUGUCAGUUUGAUUGCUGAAGAAAAUUUAACUCUUGUGUGAAUUCUAUUGAGCUUUGGGCUAGUAUUUUUCAAUAAAUUAUUUUAUUUAUAUAGAGAAA